CUUUUUUCUGCAUUUCUAAGCACGCGAUGAUAUGCGUCUAGCAUCUUCCGAUUGGUUGGUGGCCGUGAAAGUGGGAUCCAAUCUUCAUGUUCCGUCAACGAAGUAAGCAAAAAAGUGGAAUUUUAGACGUGAUGAUACCGAUCAGCACUGUCAGUCGACCGGUUGAAAUUGGCCUCCGUCUUACUGGGAUAUGGCCGAAUUCCCCAAUUUUCUUUAGAUUGCUUUGGACGUUAGUGAUGGGAACAGGACUGAUCUUCCAGUAUCAUUACCUCUUAACACACUUCAGUACCAAGGAUCUGCCCAACUUGAUAGACGGUUUAAGCACUACCUUGCCGUACAGCCUCCUGUUCUUCAAACUGAUUGUUUUGUGGGUUAAGAAUCGAAUAUUCAACAAUAUCCUGACGGCGAUGUCCAACGACUGGCACGAAUAUUCCGGCAUGUACACCAUGAUCGACAAGGCGGUUCUCGCGCAUCGUUGCUCGAAAUUAACUAUCGGUGUUUACUCGACGGCAGUGAUGCUUUACAGUACCGCGUCCAUCAACUUUCGUAAGCAGUCCAACAACAAUUGCCGAGAGUUAUUAAUAAAGAUGGAAUUGCCCUUCGAAUUCUGCGAAUCGCCAAUCUACGAGAUUGUGGCGGGCGUUCAAUUCGUACACCUAAUGGCGGUCGCGUCCGCCAUAGGUAUGCUCGAUGCAUUAAUGGUUACGUUGAUGCUGCAUAUCGGUGGGCAAAUAGACAUCAUGCGACAGGAAGCGGAUGAGAUUUGUCCCAAGGAUAAUAAAUAUGAUUUGCCUGUUGCCAUUGUGAAAUCUUUAAUCAGUAAGCAUCAUAAAAUUAUUGCUUUCUCAGAAAGCAUCGAAAGUCUUUUUUCUCACAUUGCGUUCAUGCAAUUUUUUUCGAAUACAAUCAUUAUAUGUUGCAUUGGAUUUCUCAUAGUAACCUCGUUGGGUACAGAUGAAGGCGUCAGGAUGUUAGUGAAGACAAUGUUUUUUUACAUCGCUAUUACUUUGGAGGCAUUUAUCUUUUGUUUCGCUGGUGAAUAUUUAAGUAAUAAAAGCAAAACAAUCGGCGAUGCUGUAUAUGAAUCUGUUUGGUAUAAUCUCAAACCUCAGGAUUGCCGCAUUCUGUUAUUUGUGAUAAUGAGAUCACAAAGACGGCUAACAAUCACUGCGGGGAAAUUUAUAGAUUUAUCAUUGGAAGGAUUCACAAAUAGCAAGACGAUUGGUGAUGCUGCAUAUGAAUCUGUUUGGUAUGAUCUCAAGCCUCGACAUUGUCGUAUUUUGCUGUUUGUGAUAAUGAGAUCACAAAGACAGUUGACACUCACUGCGGGAAAAUUCAUGGAUUUAUCAUUCGAAGGAUUCACAGACAUUCUUCAUACAAGCGGCCAGAUAGAGAUUUUGUGUGACUCGUUGAGGGAUAUCUCUUUUGAAAAAAACAAUCAACAUAUAUCUUUUUCUAUGAAGGAACUGAUCGGCAAGCAUCAAAAGAUCAUCAUCUUUUCGGGAAAAAUUGAAAGAAUUUUCUCUUAUGUAGCAUUAAUCCAAUUCUUGUCGAGUACAUUACUGACCUGUUGUGUAGGAUUUACGGUUAUAACAAUUCUUCAUACAAGUGGUCAGAUAGAAAUUUUGUGUGACGCAUUAAGAGACAUCUUUCUCGAAAAGAACAACCAACAGAUAUCUUUUUCUGUAAAGGAACUGAUCAGCAAGCAUCAGAAGAUCAUCAUCUUUUCAGACAAAAUUGAAAGAAUUUUCUCUUAUAUAGCGCUAGUUGAAUUCUUGGCGAGCAUUUUACUGACAUGCUGUGUAGGAUUCACGGUUAUAACAGUAACACUACUAAAAGCUAUAGUGUUUUACAUUGCAGCUUUGAUAGAGGCAUUUAUUUUCUGUUUUUGCGGAGAAUAUCUCAGUUCCAAGAGCAAAAUGAUUAGUGAUGCGGCAUACAAAUCAAUCUGGUACGACUUUAAGCCGAACGAUAGCAAGCUUAUCCUGCUUAUAAUAUUGAGAUCACAAAAAAGACUUACCAUUACAGCUGGAAGGAUCAUGGAUCUGUCGUUAGAAGGAUUUACAAAUAUUAUGAAGGCCUCUGUUUCAUACGGGUCAGUAUUGCAUGCGAUGUAUUGAAGUUUGAAGAACCGGUAAUAAUUAUUGUAGAUUCAAUGUAG